CUCCCCCACACACGUUCUCACACCUCGCCGUCCAUGGCGGUGAUGCCGAUACCGAUGCCCAGCCCCUGGUUCCUCCUCCUGCUCCUCCUCCCCUGCUCCUCCACCUCCACCCCCGCCCCGGACGUCGACCUCGACUACAUCAUCAACAACACCGGCGGUGACGCCUCUGCCAGCAACAACCUCGAGGACGACUCCCCCGCCUACCCCGGCUACAACCAAGACCUCUUCGCCAACGACGACGACAGCCCCCAAAACCCCGUCGACGAGGCCCACGUGGUAGUCCUCACCGCCGCCAACUUCUCCUCCUUCCUCGCCGGGCGCCGCCACGUCAUGGUUAACUUCUACGUGCCCUGGUGCUACUGGUCCCGUAAGCUCGCACCGGAGUACGCCGCGGCGGCGUCGCACCUGGCCGACACGGGGCUCGACGUCGUGCUUGCCAAGGUCGACAUUGCCAAGGUCGAGAACAACCAACUCGCGCGCGCCCAUGACGUGCAUGGCUCCCCCAUCGUCCACUUCUUCAUCGACGGCGUCCCCAGGGGCUACCGCUACUACGGCGAGAGGACCAAGGACGCCAUUGUCGCUUGGAUCACCAAGAAGCUGGGCCCUGCCGUGCGAAACGUCACCACCGUCGACGAGGCCGAGAAGAUCAUCACUGGUCACGGCAUGGCCACACUCGCCUUCCUCGACUCCCUCUCGGGUGCUCACAGCGAUGAGCUUGCUGCUGCUUCAAAGCUGGAGGACAGCAUCAACGUUUACCAGACCACCAGCCCUGAUGUAGCCGAGCUUUUCGGCGUUGACCCGGAAGCAAAGCGCCCGUUCGUAGUCCUGCUGGAGGCAGAUCAGGAGGGGAAGCUGACCGUAUCCCGGUAUAAACGUCUCAGAUUGUCCGAUUUGUUUUUGAACCACAGCUUACUGUAAUGUCUCACUGUCCGCUCCAAGAAACCGGUUUCAAUAUUCUUGUACACAAAAUAUUGAGGUAUAUUUCCCUUUUCCUUCUAAUAAUCAAGAGCACAAAUAUUGCAGUCACUUCUGCAUUCCAAUUUGCCUUCGCCAUCUAUACAGAUGUCAUUCCAAUUUGCU